AUGCGACCUCCUUUAUAUAAUGGCACUACUGAUCUGGUGAUAUUAGAAGGAUGGAUCCGGAGCAUGGAAAAGGUAUUCCGGGCAAGCAGAUGCCCAGAAGAAGAAAAACUUGAUAUCGGCACCUAUUAUCUUGAGGGUGAAGCUGACAACUGGUGGACAAUGCUGCACCCUCAAUGUACUGCUAAUCCAAACUUUAGAUGGCCACAAUUCCUGGAGAAACUGAAAGAAAGAUUCUAUCCUGCCGCACUGAGGUGGCGUAAACAGGAAGUGUUCAUGAACCUGUCCCAGGAGAGCAUGACCAUUCAGGAUUAUACUGAUAAAUUUACUGAGCUAUCUAGGUUCGCCCCUCAUGCCUACCCAACCGAAGCUGAGAAGGUUCUACGGUACAUCAACCGUAUGGACCCAAGAGUGCAGAUUCCGGUGAUGAGUUUGAAGCCUGCAACGUUCCAGGAGGCGUAUGAUAUAGCCUUGAGUAUCCAUACUACUAUCGUAGAGAAUGAAGCCAGAAUGAGGAAUGUCAGACCACCACCACAACAGCAAUUCUUGAGAAGGAUCAACAUUGAGAAGGGUGGAAGUUCUAGAAUUCCACCAAGGCCGGUGAUUCAUAAGAAACCCACAUUCCGACAGGCACCCGCACUUCGCAACAGUGUUGACCCCCGAAAAUGCAACUGUUGUAGUAAGAACUUGCAUCUAGAAGUCACCUGUGAAGGAAAAUCGAUAGUCUGUUACAUAUGCAAAGAGCCAGGGCAUAAAUCAUAUGAAUGCCCGAAGAGAGCCAGAGUAACCGAAUCUGGAGCUGCUAGACUUUCCUUGCCUGCAACACAAAAGAGCCUAGUGUAUUGCAUGACACAAGAAGAAGCAGACUUGCCAAGAUAG